UACCAAUAAAUGAGGAUAAUACUUAUAUGAGGAUCUUCCCCAACCUGUAAAAAAGUUGUGAAUAAAUUAAACAGAAUUUAAAAAGACUAUACAAGAAAUGUACUUAAGUCUAUAAUAACGGUAUAAUAGAGAUAAAAAACAACACAAUGAUAGUACAAAUGUACCAUAUUACAGAACUCUCGAUCCCAGCUACUGUAAACAAACUUUAAAGAAAACAAUUAUUUAACAGAAUCUUUGACUUGUUGAAGGAGGCUACUUUCCGGCAGAUACAGCAGCCCAAGUACAUUGUACUACUUAACCUGCAGGAAGUGCACAAUGGGAGUGUUUGAGAAGAAAUCAUGUUUUGUUAUAGCUGGAGCAAGCAGAGGUCUUGGAAGAAGUAUUGCCAUAAACUUUGCUAAGAAAGCGAGAAAGGAAAGUAUAAUGAUACUGCUUUCGAGGGAUACAAAAGCUUUAAAAGAGGUUGAAACAGAAAUCAGGUCAUGUUGUCAGGAUGUCAACAUAGUUGUCUCUGGAUUUGAUCAGGGAGAUUUAGAUGAAAGAAAGUUUCACAAUAUUUUCGAAAAUAUUUUUAAAGAAAACAAGUUAUCUAUUGACAGCUUUGAACAGGCAGUUAUUGUGCACAAUGCUGGGACAUUAGGAGACAACAGUAAAUAUGUUAAAGAUCUGGUAAAUGUUUCAGAGUUGAACACACAUUUUGGAGUUAACCUGACUGGAAAUAUUUUAUUGAAUUCUGCAUGUUUGAAUUUUUUUACCCAAGAGAGAUUUGCACACAGAUACGUGAUUAAUAUAUCAUCGCUUACAGCGAUUAGAGCAUUUAAAAGCUUCUCUCUAUAUUGUACAGUAAAAGCAGCUCGUGAUAUGUUCUAUAAGGUAAUGGCAGAAGAGGAACCCAAUAUAAGGGUACUAAGUUAUGCCCCUGGUCCUUGUGAAACAGAUAUGCAGAUCAAAUGUAGAGAAAACACUUCAGACCCAGAGGUUAAACAAAUGUUUGAAUCAAUGCACAAUGAAGGCAAUGUAUUGGAAUGUGAUACCUCUAUCCAGAAACUGGUUCAGAUUUUAGAGACUGAUACAUUUGUCUCAGGAGCACAUAUAGAUUAUUAUGAUCUUUAGGGGGAAACAAAGAAGAAAAAACACAUAUUGUAGACAUUUUAGUAUUUAUUUGUAGUUUGUUAAAGUAUCAUUACUUUUUAACCUACUAUAAUGUAAAAGUCUUUAUGAAAACGACAUCAUUAGCUUAUCUUCAUUACGCAAAUGUGAUAGUAUUGAAGUGACGUCUUGAUAGUGAUUUACCCAAUAGUAGCACAAUAUAGGCUAAUUUUUAUAAACAUUUCAGCUAAAUUAGUAUAGAGCUCAAGCGUCACCCUAAAUAUUUUUUUGUCAGCAAGUAUUUGAACAUAAAAUAAGCUUCCUAUGUAAUUAUCUUUUUGGCAACAUUUGUGCUCUAUAUUAUUUCUAAGCAUCUUUGUGUCAAAUUGUCCAAUUUGGCAAGUUGGUAAUUUUUCUGAAUUUAUUGUCUUUUCAUGGCUGUAGCACUAAUGAAUGGCAAAUAUUUUAAACUAAAAACUCAUUGUUUUAUUUAUAAUGAUUGAUUCAACUUUUAAUUCUGCAAAUUUGAGAACAUUUCAAAUACCAUUCAUUGUAUGGCCAAUAUGGCCCCAUCCUUUCAUAAUGCUGAGUUUUUCACAUUGAGAUUAUGUUUAUUUGACUUUUCAAUUAUAUUGAUAUAACACAUAAUGAUCUUACUAUUUAAACAAUAUUUGAAGGGUCUUCUUUGAUAAAUUUUCACGAAAUUUUACGUGAUAAGUAUUGGUAACUUUUUUGGACGGGUGAACUGGACACAAAAAGAAACCAGAAAUUUUUAGUUUUAGAAGAUGUUCACAGAAUUGUUAUAUGUUUUUGUCAAAAUAUAGUAUUUUGCCAAAACCACAAAUGUUAAAUUAAAGCAGAAGGUAAAAGUCUAUAUUGAAUUAUGAAACCUUUUUUCAACUUAUAUUUUAUAUUCAUAAAAACAAAAAAGUGAGACUGAGAAGUCAUCAGAUUUGAUUACGUCACAUAUAAGGAUAUCCUAUCGUGUUGACACAUAGAUUUUGAAUUGUAUUAUUUUAUUAAUAUUGCAUGUAUAUAUAUAGCGUUUGCAUUCCUAGUCUAUUUUUUUAAACCCCAAUCCAAUGAUGGCAGGGGAUAUAGUUAUAGUUAUGUAUUUUCCAUCAUUUCAGUUAUAAUUUUAUCUGUCUCUUAUUUAUUUUUCUGUGAACCAAUUAUUAACUACCAUUUGUCUUUGUAAUACUGGCUGAAUGACUUGGCUUAUCUUCAUUAAAAUAGGUAUACAUAAAAACCAGAAAAAGCUAAGGGGAGUGGACCAGUUCAAAGCCUUAUUAGACCUUACUGGUUUAAAAACUUUUUAAAUCUUCAUUAAAUAUAUCCGAGUCAAAGGUUAAGGAUCAAGGACAAAUCAGUGUUUGCAUGUUAAAAGCAUGGAAAGAAAUUUUAUAUUUUUGGGGUCAGAGAUAAUUGGUCAGAGUUUCCAAUGUUUAUCCAUUUAUAUAAGUCCCAUAAGAAGAAUUGCAAUAGGAAUCUGUUUGAUGGUGCAUUUGUUAUUGUUACAUGUACAUUGACACUUAUUUUUGUCAAUAUUUUUAAAACUUUACAUUUAAGAUACAUUCCUUAUUUGAUAUAUUUUCUGGUUUAGUGGCUAUCUGCAUUAUACUAUUUUUGUUUGUUGCAAAAAAUAAAUCUUUUCGUUUGGAAGUAUAA